CAUCCUUGUAACUCAUCUGAACAGUUUUAGUAUCCCCCCUUCCCUGUCGUGACAAACGAACGAAAGCAACAAAAUCGAUUCACGUCGCAUUUACCAUUACGUAUAAGAUAAAGGCGAGGAAGGAGAAUCAUCGCUGAAACUUUUGCAAGCCAUCUUUGCAGUACAAAUCUCAACAGCUUUCGCCCAACAAAAUGCCAAAGAAACGCAGAAACGGAGGAAGGUCCAAGCACAACCGAGGCCACGUGAACCCCCUGAGGUGCUCCAACUGUGGAAGGUGUGUUCCCAAGGACAAGGCCAUUAAAAGAUUCAACAUCAGGAACAUCGUCGACACGUCCGCGCAGAGAGAUAUAAAGGAGGCAUCCGUUUACUCCACAUUUCAGUUACCGAAAUUGUACAUCAAGCAGUGCUACUGCGUUUCAUGUGCCAUUCACUCGCGUUUUGUGAGAGUUCGAUCGAGAGAGCAACGAAGAGUGCGAAAGGAGACAUCCAAGCACGUCAACCCAUCGCAGUUGUAGGCGAGAGGAGGAAGGAGUCUCUCCAUGGAAAUUAGGGGCGAAGGGAUGAACAGUUCUCUUCAUCGAAGUUACCGGUGAGGGAUUCCCUUUCUUUUCCUUCCCCUUCUUUUUUUUUUUUUUCUUUUUUAUACCAUCACCACGACAGUUGCAUGUACAAUCGCCCAAUGCACACGCGCCGUUUGCGAACUGUUUAGCCACUGCGCAAGUCUGUCUCGGAACGACGACCACUUUGUUUUCAAUGCAAAUUGUCGAAAAAACGCACAACAUUAGCAGUCCCCGUUUAGGGAUGAAGUAAAAAGGAAGCAGUUAUUAACA